AGGAAAGGGUGUUCUUUCCCUCUCAGCUUGGGCUGGGGACUGCUCCCAGUUCAUCCCAUGGCUGGGAUGGAGCUUUAAAGCUUGGGGAGCUCUGGAACCCUGUCUGAGAUGCAGAUCCUGGCUGUGCUGCCAACGCUCCCUGGCCUGUGUGGGAUCAGUUUGGGUCUAUCACAUGUGCUUUCUAAUUAUUUCUCAUUCUACAGGGUCUUUCUCCCAUGCUUUCUCCCGUCCCCAGAUAUGCUGCAUGUAGUGUGUGUUGCACUGCAGCAAUGCAGGAUCCUGUCACUGCCUGUUCCCUUGAAAGGUGCCUGGAUGCGUUAAACUUCCCAGCUGAAUUACUUUGUGUCCUCUUCCAGCAGGCGACAAGAUGUCGGCUGCUAGAGGACAGUAAAACCAUCUCACCCUAUCAUUUUCUGCUUGUCUUCAAUUAAACUGAUUACCAGCCCUCUUUGUUGUUCUGAGCUCAGGCCAUUCCACGUGCUGCCAGCAUGUACUUUGGCAGCAGCGGGCGCUGGGAUUUCCUGCAUUGUUUGAAUCUUUACCAUUGACCUUCAUGGUCCUUGUUCUGGCACCGCCUCUGCUCUGGCAGGGGUGCAAAGGGCAUUAUUCAAACCCUGAAAGAAAAGAGAGAGAAUUGCUUUAAAGGCAUUGAGGGCUCUUUGUACUUGGUGGCUCCAUAGGGUCAUCGCUGCAAAAAAGAGGGGAAUUACUGGGGUUGUCAGGAUAAUUACUGCUUUUUUAUUGUUCUCAUCCCAGUCUAGAUGACAGUGGUGAGAUUUAUAGUGAGUCAUAAAAAUAUGCCAUCAAUGCUGUGUUAAGUGGUGUCCCUUUUGGACAGAGAGGGGAGAAGCCUGGGUUUGGCUCCUUUUGGGAAGUCUCACAGGUGCUGGAAGCAGUUGUCUGUGCCCUGGAUCUUUCCCAGCUCUGUACUGGGAGGCUGUGGAGGGCUCUGCUGGAGAGCUCUCUCCAUGCUGCUGGAGAUGGGCACGCCAGAGACACACGAGCCACCUGCCCCAGCACAGGGGAGGUCACGUAACUCACUCCUGCCUCUGUCCCCAUCGCUGCGGCCAUGGCUGCUCCACGCCAGUAAAUCAUUUGCUCAGGCUGUGCCUGAAGCCUUGUACCUUGAACCUGCUCGAGGCCUGGUGCAGUAAAAGAGCAAUGCUCAGCUCGGGGCAGAGGCUGAAAGCACCACUUGAUCCGUUGUUCCCCUUUCCAUCUGGAGCCUUCCUACCCGUUAGGUGCCUGCAAUCAGUCAGGGAACAGCUGGUCCCAUGAAGGUGUCCCUGGCGUGGCUGGCAGGCUGAUGAGAAGGGCAGAUGAAAUCCUUGGAGUAAGAUCUUGGGAAUAAGAUUCAACUUCUGCAUUAUUGAUUCAUUUGCAUGGUAUUGUGCAGGUUGAAUUAAAUUAUCUGGAGUGAGAUCCUGUACUUGAUGUAGAAGAAAUGCCAGCGUGCUCAGGUUGGAGGGCUUCUAAGUCCAGCAGGCUUCGAGGUUAAAGGGUUGACAGUGCCAGGCUGACCUGCUGAUCCUGUGCCUCAGGGUUGCCUUGCCAUGGAGCUGUCGCCCUGUGAUUUGUACCCAGAAGAGAAGAGGCCUCUGCAGUGGGAUAGGGACAUCCUGGGGAGCCACAGCUGCCUGAAGGAGCUGAGCCUCCCCACGGUGACUCAUCUCGUGUUUCACUGAGCCUGUAAAUGAGCUUGGGUAGAAACGUGAGACACAGCAAGCCCUAUUGCUGUUGAAGUCUCAGGCUCUCUGCACUGUGUUGGUGCUGACUUUAAGCUGUUUAUUGCUGGGGAAGUAAAUGGCUCCAGUGGACAAUCCAGACACGUGACUGCUGGGGCACCGUCAUGGAAAAUUGGCUUGGUUGUCGUGGUUAUUUGCUCUGAUAUAACUUUUCAUAACAUUGUCAAGCAGCUUUUUCCAAGCCUACUGGAAUGUGUUAUUCUUUAUUUCUUCCCUUGUGGUAUUUUUUUUAAAGAAGCACUAUCAGAGAAUCUGUAUAAAACAUGGAUUUUUAUUGUUGUGGGUAAUGAGUUACAGGAUCCUCUGACUGACUAGGGCUCUUCCCCCCCCCUUUUCAUAGCAAAUUAGCACAGAACCCCUCUGUUUAUUGUAGUUGUAGCUCAAGGUUAUGAUUUAUAGCAGGAGAAACUAAAAUAGCAGUUGUUAGCUCUUCCAGUCUGAUGAAAUCAAAUUUGCCUGAUUUUAGUCUCAACUCCUGCCUUGUUUUUUCUCCAGGGAUGGAAGUCAUCACUCUCUUGCCUUCUGCAGGGCUGGGUUGCUGAACUUACCCCGUGGUUUCUCAUCUAAGAAGUGAAGGGGGAGAAGGGUGUCUGAAUACCGAUGAAUGAGCUGUGAUGGAUAACAAGGACUCGGAAGCUGAGAUCCACCCUCUGAAGACUGAGGAUGUAAAAGCUCAGGAGAACCAUGAAAACUUCGUGGAGAGAAGGAUUGUCAAGUCCUCGGGGCUGUCCCGGCUGUCCCGGUGGCGCACUGCCGCCUUCUUCAUCUCCCUGUUCCUCUGCCUGAUCAUUGUGUUUGCUUUCUCCUUUAUCAUUCCCUGCCCAGAGAGGCCAGUUUCAGAAAGAACAUGGUUCCGAUACUACAACGAUGCAGUGCCCUACCAGUUCCUGGCUGUAGAAGAUGUGAAUGAAGACAAAGUACAAGAUGUGCUCUUUGCUUUCAAAUCCAGCAACGGCAGCAGCAGCUUCAACAGGUCCUGUCUGGAUGAAGGGCUGCUGUCUCCCUGUGCCUUCGUUGCUGCCGUGUCUGGCACGAAUGGCAGCGUGCUCUGGGAGAGCCCUGCUGCUGAGGACGUGCAGUGGCUGCAGUGUGGCAUCCAGCAGCUGGGCACGGCAGAGGCCCCGGGCUGCCUCGUGGUGGGGAAGCCGCUGUCCCUUAUAGCAAUCGACCUGCAGACAGGAGAAGUUCUGUGGAGGGAAUCUGGUGACUUCGGAGCUAAUUAUACUUUGCUGACUCCUUUGUCAGUGAUUCCAGAUGUGGAUAAUGAUGGAGUUCAGGACCUGAUAAUCUUUAUUACUAAAGGAGGCCAGGUUAAGACCUUCAUCCAUUCAGGAAAAACUGGCCAACAGAUUGGCUCCACUGGCAGCCUGACCGUGGAUGGCAACGCUCGCUACGUCAGGCUGGACCUGCGCUCCUCCUCCUACUUCCUUUUCUACACAGAGAACUCUCUCUAUGCAUAUUCCCUGAAAGAUCUGUGCAGUGCAGCAGUUGGGAUGGAAAUUAAACUUCCCGGCCUCCAGCAGGAUCCUCAGUGGGAGAAGAACAUUGACCACACCACGCACCGCUUGUCCUUUCUCAGAUUUGGAGACUUCCGCUACCUGGCAAAAGUUCCUGGGCCAUCACAGGACAACAUCUUGGUUGUGAACUCAGAGAUGGCUACGCUGAUCAACACAAAAGAUCUCCACACUGUGUGGACCCUCAACGUGUCCCGUGCUUUGAGUGAGCCGCUGCUCGGUUACUACAAACCUGAUGUUCUUGGUAUUGUCCUGGAGAGUGAAAUUGGACCCAAUAGGAAGAAGGUUAUGAUUGUAGAGAGUGGAUCUGGAGCAGUCCAGUGGGACCUGAAGCUGAACUCAGGAGCAGGGAGCCCUGGCCCAGCCACCCUUUCGACUGCAGAUCAUCGCUCUGCCUUCCUCAUCUGGGGAGACUACCAAGAGCCAGGCAAUGAGACAAGAGACAGAGCUCCCCUCCAGAAGCUCUACCUUUUCCAUCCUUCCUACUCUAAUGUCCUGUUGGAGCUCCGCAACAGCACAGACCAAAUAAUUGCAUUCACUGCGGUGCUGUUCGAGCGGAGCCGUCACGCCUGCUACGUGCUGCUGCGGGGCCCCCAGCCCGGCGAGGGGCCAGGCCCCGUGUCCCUCAUGAAGAGGAAGCUGAAGGAGGAUGUCUCGGGGAGCAGAGUGAUCUGGCUGAGCCACAUGGCCGGGGACAGUGAGCAGUACAUCCGGGACCGCCUCUACAGGAUGCGAUUCCAGAGCCGAGUGUGAGCUUGCCGAGGGAGGGGGAAAGGCUGCCUCUGCUCUGCAGCCGUGCUCUCAGCAAGCCCAGAGUCUGGAUUCCAAUGGGAAGCUGCCUUUCUCGAUCUGCAAACCAAAGCAUGGCUGGCAGGGAAGCACCCCCAGUGUCCAGGGACACCCGGGCUGUGGGGGCAGCUGCCAGAGCGUCCGUCCUCAGAGCUGAUGGGACUUCAGUGCUUGGCCAUCACUGAAGUGUCGUCAGCUCAGGGAGGAGGGCUUUCCCCUCCAUCCCUCUGUGCCCUCAGAACUGUGCUGACUCAGGAAUGUGUCUGGAGGAAAGCACAUGCUUCCCGAGAUGCCGGAGUUGAUGAUUUCUGGGAUGUCCGAGAAGUGGAGUUCACUGUGUGGUGUUAAUAUUUCCUUUCUGAGUCAGCUCUCCUGGCUGGGGAGAGGUGCUUGGCUGCAGGUUGAUUUGCAAUUACCCUCUCCUGGAUUUGGGCCCUGCUUCAGUAGCAGUGGGGGGUGUGUGGUUACCCCAGCCAUGGCUGUGGUGUCUGAUGUCACUUGGGCCAGCAGAGCACAGGUUAAAGUGUCGUUCUACUUAGCAAAUGGCCUUUUCCCCAAAAACAGCCCCACGUGUCCUGCUCUGCAGUCACCAGCCUACCUUUGUUCUGUGUCCUCUGCUGCUUCCUUCCCAGCCAGGCUGUAGAGUGUUGGUGACACUGAGAGGGAGCUGGUCUCCCACCUGGUGGAUGCAUCAAUGUUCCUCCCUUCCUUCAGUCUGCUUAUAGGUGGUGAGAGAUCCACCCUGAGCCCAGGCUGGCUGGUCCCUGGCAGUACCUCUCCUGGCUUAAAGGAGCCAGAGGAUCUAGGACUUUUUUUUUUUUUUGGAGUAGAAUUGCACUUGAACCUUUUCUGGGAGCUGGGAUUGCUGCUCUGGGAAGCCCUGUACCCAAGUGGCAGUGCCAGGUCCCUGCUCAUUCAGCCUUCCAGCUGCUGAGGAGCCUUCUCCAAGCACUGUCCCUGCUGCCAGGAGGUGGGCAGGAGCUCUGUGCUGCCUCCCAGCCCUUGGAAUGGAAGUGAUGCUGGGUGAGGAUCCUCGGGCAUUCUUCUCUCUGCCCAGCCUGGUAUCCUGAGGGGAUGGGACAGGUUGCUGUGUGAAGAUGACAUGUUUCUCCUGGAGAUUCAUGUAGCACCAUGAGGUGUUUGCUCUGCCCUGUCCUAAUGGGUGCCAGUGCAGGCUGUGGAAACAAGGUCCAGAGCCUUGAAAACAGUUUGAACCAGCUGCUCAGUCCUGAAAACAAAAAUAGCCCUAAAAAUAACCUCUCUCAAGCUCUGCCGUGCUGGAGAGGGUUUGGCCAGUGCCUCCCUCCCUUGCUGAGUCUGACACUGGGGGAUGUGUAGGAGCACUGUAGGAUGGGAAUGUGCAGCAUCAGGCAUCAGCUCUUCCCUUCUGCCACUGCUGAGCCCAAACAUGCCACUGGGCAGCUGCUGUCACCAGCUCACACCACAGUCCCAGCACUCCCAGGCAGACAGCACAGGGAGCUGCCUAGACACCUCCUGCUUCCAGCUGGCCAGUGGCUGCCUAAAGGGUGCCCUAGCUCCCUGUGCCCCAUGACCCCUAUCCCAGGCAGUCAAGGGAGCCAGUCCUGGGGUGUCCCAGCUGUGCAGGAAGCCAGGGAUACUCUGGAGAGUGCUCCACAACCUUCAAAGCACCCUGGGCUCAAAAUGGUGGGGUUCCCCCUCUGCCUGUCUAACCAGCUGUUUCCUACGGGAGUCUAGGAGUGCAGGGAGGCUCCCCAGCUGUGUCCACCAGCCUGGGUUUCCUCUUUGCUCAGCACCUUAGGCCUGAUAGCCCCACAGGUCCCUGUGCCAGUGUUGCAGCCAUAAGAGGCUCUGAGGGCUGGAUUGAGGCUGCCCUUCAGCCAGCUGGAGCAGGGCACAGGGCAGGGGACCCCAGACUUGCACUGUAGUCCAGCCUGAGUGUUGGAUGUGGAUUGUUUCCUGCUCAGAUUCCCCUGGCAGGAGGCAAGGUGCUUGGGCCGUAUUCUCACUGCACUCUUCCUCCUCAGAUCCCUACCCAGACCAGACCUUCCCAUAGGCACACUGAAUGUUCCUUCAGGAGAGCUGGAUUUUCAGCUUUGGGGAGCUUUUCUGGCUUUAAGUUGUCCACUAAUGUUUCCGGACACUUUGGAAACACAGUUUUCCCUGUGGCAGCUCAAUUAAAUGCAUCAGUGCCAAACCAGCACCUUCUUAACAAAACCAGUCUGUUUUCCAGCUUAUUUUCCUGUGUCAUUGUUUUUUUUGCAGUAUUUAAUGAAUGACUUUGUGCCUUGAUUCAGUAACUCAGCUGGGUGGCGAUGGCUAUAUCACUGUGUUAUGUGUUAGUGUGGUUUUUAACACUGAGACUGGUUUGGUUCUUUAACUUAUUGCAAAUUGUGCUGUACAGGACUUGCUCUAACCGGAAUGGUUUCAAUAAACCCUCUUUUGCAUUGUUUGUAAA